AUGGCUGAAGUCACUAGAAUUAUGACACGUCUCUCAGAGUUUUUCACAGGUGCUGACCAACCACUUGUGUUCCCAGCACAGUCUGAUAAUGAUUAUCCAGAAUCAUCCUAUCAGCCACCACCAGUAACCACUUCCAAUUACUAUGUGACCCCAGGAAGCACUGUUCAGACAUGUACUAGUCCACCAGGUAGAACGGGUACCUAUAGUGAUACAGUCAGAGUUCCUGCAGCCCGCCCAAAUGUCAACUCAGGUCACUUCCCAUCACCAGCUAUUGUAUCAGAGCAAAAGCUCUACACACAGAUCUGGAAUUCUUUGUCUCUGAAUGAGAACAGAAGUGCCCCAGGUUCUUUGGCUGCUAGCCGUGAAAAUCUUGUUGAUGGUCGCUCAAGGACUCCAGUUGAUUAUAGCAAGAGAAAUUCUGCUGAUUACAGCAGAGAAGAUAACAGUCAUAUAGGUAAGUCAAUUAUGUUUAUUUUGCUUGCUGGAUUGUAA